GUAUAGCUACUUGUGUUUUAUGAAAGUGGCUUAACUCGAGGAUGACCUCGGUUUUCUUUGAGGCGAUUUCAUUUUUCACUUGUGCAAGAAGUCAGUCAGCAUCAAGAGGAAGUCAGCUUGAGGCAGACGCUCAUGUGGAGGCACAGAGAGAGGAGAUCGACAUCCAGAUCAAAGACGCCAUUGGCAGACAACACCAGUGUGCAACAAUCCAGUUGGAUUUCCAGCUGCCAAUCAGAUUUGACCUUCAGUACGUCGGGCGAGACGGACAGCUGCACAGGCCAGUGAUGAUCCACAGAGCAGUGCUGGGAUCACUGGAAAGAAUGAUCGCUAUACUGGCUGAAAACUUUGGAGGGAAAUGGCCACUGUGGUUGUCCCCAGCGCAGAUCAUGGUAAUUCCUGUGGGGGGCAACAGUGAGUCAUACAGCAAACAGGUGGUGCAGCAGUUCCAUGAAGCUGGCUUCAUGGUUGAUAUGAAUGACGAUCAGGGAGCAACCUUAAAUAAGAAGAUUCGCUCUGCUCAGCUGGCCCAGUACAACUACAUAUUUGUUGUGGGGGAUAAGGAGAGCGAGAGUGCAACAGUGAAUGUGAGGAGCAGAGGGGGUAAACAGCUGGGGAGGAGGCCAACAGAGGAGGUGCUGACGUCCCUCACAGAGCUACGAGACAGCAGGAGCAACCUGGAUGAGUUUUGAUGAUAAAAUCCUGGAAAUAAUGAGUCACUGAAGUAAUUAAUGUUUGUUUUACAUGUUCCAACUGUUGCACUUGUCUGAAGAGGCGGCUGCUAAAAUUUAUAAUAAAAGCAUCGAGCAGA